AUGCAAGCAUCAUUGUCAUCAAUGGCAACGGCAUCAGCAUCUUCCGUCGCAUCAACAACAGUUGCAACUGGACCAGCUUUGCCAAAAGUUCGAUUUAGUUGGAUCUUUCCAGCCGAUAAAUUUGCUUCCACACCGUCGAAUCGUGAUGGAAUACCAGCUGAAGAAGAGUUAGCUUUACGGCAACAAGCAGCUGUUUUUAUUUACGAAUUGGGCACGAAUUUGAAAGUGCCACACUAUUGUAUCAACACAGCGGUUGUUUAUAUGCAUCGUUUUUAUAUGCUCAAUUCUUUCAAACGAUUUACUCGUCAACGAGUAUGUGCGGCGUCAUUGUUUCUAGCGUGCAAAGUUGAAGAGUGUCCUCGAACAUUACGGGAUGUAAUCGAAAAUACGGGAAAAGUACUACGCCGAAAGAAACCCGAAGAACUCACACCUGAAAUUAUCGGGCAAUAUACCGAUGAUAUUGUCCUUCAUGAAAAUGUACUCUUGUCGACAUUGGGAUUUUCAUUGAUGGUAGAUCAUCCACAUCCGAUCAUUAUUAAAACCAUUCAAGCGCUUGGAGGCCAAAUCCAGUCACUACCAGAAAAAACACCUCGUGAGCUCGCUCAGACGGCAUACUAUCUAGCGACGAAAAGUAUUCUACUCACUUCAUUUUGUGUCAAGUAUCCGCCUGAUCUCAUUGCUUGUUUCUGUAUUCAUCUGGCGGCGGCUUGGUUAAAGAUCGAAAUUCCGUCGCCACCAGCAUCGACUACGGGCGCAACUACCAAUGGAUCUGAUACAACAGUAGCAGAAAAUGCACCAAACAAACGCUGGUUUCAUACUGUGAAUGAGACUUUCACUGAAAAGCAGCUGGGAGAACUUGCGGAUGAAUUCCUUGCAAUUUACGAAAAAUGUCCGGACAAGAUUAAGAAGAAACUUGUCUACCAAAGUGAACGACAACCACAAGCAGUGUUAAAUGAGGGCGCAUCCACGUCACAACAACAGCAGCAUUCGUCGUCAUCAGUCGCUUCAUCUCGUCCAGCAGAUCUUGCAGACAGUGUCGUACCUCAAGGGGCCACACAUGUUAAAACUGAACCCCGCGUUAAUCAACCACCACUAUCACAAAAUCGACCGGUUCAACCGCCACUUCCUCCGUCCUCACAAAUGUUAUCUUCUGAUAUAAAACGAGAAGCAUCAACACCUAUGUCAUACCCACCAUCGAACCGCCCACCCAUGCCACCUCAUCAUAGUUCAUCAUCGUCGUCGUCAUCGUCGUCGUCAGCUCGACAUCCACCAUAUCCACAUCAAUCAUCUACACACUAUCAAUCUCAUCAUCCGCACAGUAAUAAUAAUUAUAAUAACAACAAUCCACACUCUCGUUAUCCACCACAACAAUCUCGGCCCGGACCGCCACCUUCAAAUCGUUCCUCACAGCAACCACCACCAAAUCGUCCGUCGCAACAACAGCAACAACCACUUCCUCCUCCACCUCUACAUGCCGGUGAUCGCAGACAUCAACAACCUCCCCCUCAUGGAUACGAUCAUUCUUCUCAGCCACCACUUCCUCCGCCAACAUCAUCAUCGUCAUCGAAUCGACCACCAUACGGUUCACAACAACAACCAGCACAUGGUGGUAACCACUAUCCGAACGUUCCGAUGUCUGCUGAUUCUUAUCAUCAACAAGGACCAUACAAUCGUUCUCGUCCGCCAUCACUGAUGCAGGGUGGUGACAAGCGUGCUUAUGAUCCGUCAUACGAUCCUAACAAUUCAAACAAACGUCCUCGACCAUCUUAG